UGACCACUCCUCUUCCUCACAAAUGUGGAUGUUAUGAACUUUGAUCUGCUUUUUGGGCUGAACUGAGUUUGUAACAUUGCUGCUUCUUCAGAAUCAGGACAUGCUGGACAUGAUCAUGGGAAGCGCGUUGGCCAAGUGUGCUGUCACCGACCUGGCCAUUCAGUGGGUUGGGUGGGCACUAGCGUCUGCUCUCAAAACGGAAAAGUUUUACGACUUGGCAGGAUCUGGUACCUUCAUAUUGCUGGCUCAUCUGAGUCGGGUAUGGGGCGGAAAUGGCCACUUUAGACAGAACGUACAAACUGGACUUGUCACUGCCUGGGGUCUGAGGCUCGGGACAUUUCUCUUUCUUAGAAUCCUAAAGGAAGGACAAGACCGGAGAUUUGACAAUGUCAGAGACAGCCCUGGGACAUUCUUUGUGUACUGGACCAUGCAAGCUUUGUGGGUCUUUAUUACCCUGUUGCCCACCCUAAUUCUAAACAGUGAGAGAAGAGAUGAGCCCCUGGGCCCACGUGACUACAUCGGCUGGGGAAUAUGGGGGCUGGGUUUUGCUACAGAGGCCAUUGCCGACCUGCAGAAGUGGAAUUUUAGGAGUGAUCCAGAUAACGCAGGAACAUUUAUUCAUCAUGGACUGUGGGCAUACAGCAGACACCCAAACUAUCUGGGGGAGAUCCUGCAGUGGUCAGGCCUGUUCCUGUCCGCUUCCUCCGUCAUGCGUGGUCCUCAAUAUCUCACUGUGGUUUCUCCUCUCUUUGUCUGGUUUUUACUGAGACACGUUAGUGGGAUCCCCAUCCUUGAGAAACAAACUAUGAAGAAGUGGGGAUCAGACCCUGCUUUCCAGAACUACAUCAAGAACACUCCACUCCUAUGGCCCUUCCCCAAAUUUAAAGGAGAAUAAAGCAUAUUUACAGAACUUGCAGUAAUUG